AUGUCGCCAGCACCCGUUGCUAAAACGGCGGUCUCGACGCCCGUCAAGAUCGACCCCUCCACGCUCAAAGCAUCCCAUGCGGCACAAGCCGCAGACGAUGGCAAUGCUCACAGCGAGGCCAAGAUUGAUAUCGAAGCCAUGCUCAAGGCCGACGAUCGCGAACGCCGCGAUGCUGCCGCGCUUGAGCUCGUCAACCUCGUUAAAGUUGAGGGACCUCAAGCUUUUGUCAGGCUCGGAUUGGCCGAUGCCAUCUCCAACGUUUUGGACGACAAGAAGGCAUCAGUCAUCGCCAAAGAGUCUGUUGCCGGCCUUAUCUCAACUAUGUGCGAGCAAGGCGUCGGAAACGCCGUCGAGCCCUUCUUCUUUGAAAAGAUCGCCAACGGCGUCUUCGAGCUCUUUGGUGACAAGGCUGCACCCGUCCGUGACGCUGCUGUUGCGGCAGUCAAGAGCCUCGUUCAGAUCAUGUCGCCAUGGGCAACCUCCCUUCUGCUGCCCACCUUGCUGCAUCAGCUCAAGACCGCGGGCAAAUGGCAAGUCAAGACCGGAUGCCUCAUCAUCCUCGAUCAGCUCGUCGUGUCAGCACCGGGCAACGUCGCAAAGGCGAUGCCUACCAUCGUGCCCGUCCUUGCCGAGGUCAUUCACGACACCAAGAAAGAGGUCAAGAUUGCCGCGCGCAGUUCGCUCACGACUGCAACCUCACUCGUGUCCAACAAGGAUAUCGAAAAGUUCAUCCCUGCGCUGAUCAAGUGUUUGAUCAACCCUGUUGAGGAAGUCCCAAAGACUGUCCAAUUGCUUGGCGCGACGACCUUUGUCUCAGAGGUCGAUUCUGCCACGCUAUCUCUUAUGGCGGGUCUGCUCGUACGUGGUCUCGACGAGAGGCCCACUGCGACGAAGCGCAAGGUCGCUGUCAUCAUCGACAAUAUGUCUAAGCUUGUCGACAACGAAGACACUGUCCGACCUUUCUUGCCAGGUCUCUUGCCCAAGCUCAUCAAGAUCGAAAACAGCGUCGCAGAUCCUGAAGCUCGUGGUGUCGUAUCGCGCGCCAUCAAGACUCUACAGGAAGUUGGCAAAGUUACAGGCGAUGGCUCAGAUGUCAAGCCGCCCAAGGUCUUCAAGGCCGAGCAAGCCACCGGCCAUAUCGUCACUGCUAUCAAAGAAAAGCAGACCACAUCGCAAGUCUCCGCCUCAUCGCCUCUGAUCGUCUACAUUGGCGAGCUUGUGGCUGCGCUGGUCAACGGCAAGAACUUCGAGCAAGGCGAAUGGGAGACCACUUUGACGCCCUAUCUCUCGCUUUCCGUUCCCGAGGCUGCCGAUGCGCAGGCGAUUGCGCUUAUCCUGCUCGAGAAGUGUGCUCAGGAGACUGACGAACCUGCCGAGAUCUUCGCUGACGAGGAGGAAGGCGAAGAUUUGUGCAACUGCACCUUCUCGCUCGCCUACGGUGCCAAGAUCUUGCUCAACACUGCAACGCUACGUCUCAAGCGUGGUCACCGAUACGGACUUUGCGGUCGCAAUGGAUCCGGCAAGUCGACGCUCAUGCGCGCCAUCCAGAAUGGUCAAGUCGAGGGCUUCCCUAGCCCUGAUGAAGUUCGUACCUUCUACGUCGAGCACGACAUCGACGGAUCAGAAGCCGAGAUCACUGUCCUUGACUGGAUUCUUGCCGAUAAGCGGAUCCAGGCUGACGAAGCUGCCAUCAAGGAGACCCUCACUUCUGUCGGCUUCACUCCACAGCGUCAAUCUGAGCCCAUUGGCGCUCUUUCAGGAGGUUGGAAAAUGAAGCUCGCGCUGGCACGAGCUAUCCUCUUCAAGGCUGAUAUCCUCCUGCUCGAUGAGCCAACCAACCAUCUCGAUGUCCUGAACGUUGCCUGGCUGCAGGACUACCUGACGUCGCUCACUACAUGUACCUCGAUCAUCGUUUCGCACGACUCGGGCUUCCUCAACUCAGUCUGCACGGACAUCAUCCACCUCAAUCGAUUCAAGAUCAAGCGUUAUCCUGGCAAUCUUGAAGCUUUCGUCAAAUUUGUGCCAGAGGCCAAGGCGUAUUACGAGCUGACGGCGCUCGAAGAGUAUCAGUUCAAGCUGCCUGAUCCACCUCUGCUCGAUGGUGUCAAGACCAAGGAGAAGUCACUGAUGAAGAUGCGCAAGGCCGGCUUCCAGUACCCUGGCAGCCCAGUGCAGCAGCUCUACGACAUUACUCUGCAGGUCUCGCUCUCUUCGCGUGUCGCCGUGCUGGGACCAAACGGAUCUGGCAAGUCCACGCUCGUCAAGCUGCUGGUCGGUGAGACGGAGCCCAACAAGGGCGGCGAGGUCUGGAAGCAUCCCAACUUGGUCAUCGGCUACGUUGCUCAGCAUGCGUUCCACCAUAUUGAUCAACAUCUCGACAAGACACCUUUAGAGUAUUUGCUCUGGAGAUAUCAGACCGGCGAGGAUCUCGAGGAAAUGAUGAUGGCAAACAAGCAGCUUACAGAGGAAGACAUCAAGAAGAUGAAGGAAGGAUCCAUUGUCAUCGUCGAAGGCGCCAAGCGUACAAUCGACGAGAUAACCAACCGAAAGAAGCUGAAGCAGUCCUUCGAAUACGAAGUCUCAUUCAAGGGCAUGUCAUCGUCCGAGAAUAUCUGGCUAUCGCGCGACGAGCUCAUCAAGCGCGGUUACGAGAAAUCCAUCCUGGCAAUUGAUUCGAGAGAAGCGCAAAAGGCAGGCAUGCUCCGACCUCUCGUCCGUAAAGAGAUUGAGAAGCACAUGGAAGACUUUGGUCUUGAAGCUGAAUUCACCUCGCACAAUAGCAUGCGAGGUCUGUCCGGUGGUCAGAAGGUCAAGGUCGUUCUUGGCGCUGCAACCUGGCGCCGUCCUCACAUUGUCAUUUUGGACGAGCCAACCAAUUACUUGGAUCGAGAGUCUCUAGCUGCGCUCAUCGCUGCGCUCAAGUCAUACGAAGGCGGUCUCCUAGUCAUCACACAUAACAAGGACUUCUCAGAGUCGAUCUGCACCGAAACGUGGGCGAUGCAAAAUGGUCAUCUCGUCGCUUCAGGCCACAACUGGGUCGAAGGCCAAGGUACGGGCGAGCGUAUCGACAAGGCUGCCGGUGAGGAGGAGAUCAAGUACGACGCGCUCGGUAACAAGAUCGAAGAGGGCAAGAAGGCGAAGAAGCUGUCCGCCUCCGAGGCUCGCAAGGCCAAGAAGGAUCGCAUGGCUCGCCGAAAGCGAGGAGAGGAGGUCUUCACCGACGAGGAGCUGUAG